CAUCUCUAUCUGGAAUAGGCUAUCUGCGGCCCACUUUGAUGCUUAUGUCAAUGUUUAUCUACAUUUAGAGAUAAACUGGAGGACACGUCUGUACAUUACCUGCCUGAAACCGACCAUUAGAAAUGAGUGUAAAUCGCCUUGCGUAUUUCUACGACAAAAUUAGGAAAGACUUGGAUAGAACGGUACAGUUUUGGAGACAACAUUCACAGGAUGAGGAAUAUGGGGGAUUUUUCAAUUGCCUAAGUAAAGAAGGAAAGGUGUAUGAUGAAACCAAACAUGUUUGGCUACAGGCAAGACAGGUCUGGAUGUAUGCUCGAUUGUACAACGAAAUGGAAAGAUUCAGGAAUGAAGAUUUACUCCAAGGAGCUAUUAGAGGAGCAGACUUUCUGAUGAAAAAUGUAAGGGACCCCGACACAUACAAAUGUUCUUUAAUCGUUACCAGAGAAGGAAAUCCCAUCAAAAUCCAGAGGACCCUCUUCUCAGAGUGUUUCUAUCUGAUGGCCAUGUCAGAAGUUGCUAGGGCAACUGGAAUAGAGAAAUACAAGAAAGAGGCACUGGCAAUGAUGGAUAAAAUAAUAGGCUGGAUUCAGGUUCAUGGAGAGGGUUUAGGUAGACCAAAAUUAUCUGGUAAAAGACCAUGCAGUAUGUUGGCAAUUCCAAUGAUGACACUGUGUAUCAUAGAUCAACUAAUAACCAUGGAUCCAAGCCUCAAGUAUGAUGAUCUGACAGAAUGGGCGCUAGAAGACACGUUGAAGCAUGUUCAGAGAAACGGUACGAUCAUACUGGAAACGACUACUUGUGAUGGCAAGGAGAUGUCAGGUUGUGCAGGCCGACUCAUGUUACCAGGUCACGCCAUAGAAGCUGGAUGGUUCCUGUUACGUCAUGCCACGCGUUCUGGUGACGAUGAGCUGAAAAGGAUGGCAAUCAACAGCUUCAUUGUAUGUCCUUUUGAAUAUGGCUGGGACAUGGAAUAUGGCGGCCUGUUCUACUUUAUGGAUGCAGAUGGCUGGAGUCCUGUACAGUUAGAAUGGGAUAUGAAACUUUGGUGGGCCCACAACGAGGCUCUCAUUGCCUUCCUAAUGGCCUACAAGGAAACCAAGGACCCUGCUCAUUUGGACAAAUUCGCUCAAAUAUUUGACUACAGUUAUUCACAUUUUGUUGAUGAGAAAAAUGGAGAGUGGUUAGGGUAUCUCAGAAGGGAUGGUUCUGUCAGCUUAGAUUUCAAAGGUGGACCUUGGAAAGGUUGCUUUCAUGUUCCUCGAAGUCUGAUGAUGUGCGAACAAAUGCUGAAGGAAUUACUGCAAAGCACUGAAUGACAAAGACAUUGACAAACCUAACAUUUCCCUCCAAACUUUGUUAUAUAUACUAAAAUGGAAGAACACCUGAAUAACAUGCAACAAUGGACAACGCAAUCAACCAAGGUGUUAAUAAAAUUCUAAGAAAUGAAAUAAA